AUUUUAGGCAAGGAUCCAGAGACUCCUAAUUGAGCAAGAUCGUCGUCUCCACCACCCUUAUUACGCCUCUAGGAGGAAGAGACCAAUCCCAAUCCCUAUUGUCUUCCAGGAGAUUGUUCUUUCAGGUCCGAAACACAGGAAAUCCAAUCAGAUUCUCUGAUAUUUUUCAGAAGCAAAAAAAGUUAGAAAGAAUGUCAGUUAGGUUAUUGAAGAGAGUCCUGAAAGAACAAGAACUACAACAGCAACAGCAUCAUGAUGAGUCUGAGGAGGAAGAAGGUGAAUCUCCUUAUUCGGGAACUCGCCCUGCAAUAAACCCAUUUGACCUUCUCAAUGAUGAUGACGUUGAUCAGCUGCAGGAGAAUGAGCCAGAAAUUGAUGAUGAAAUGGUAGUGGGAAACAAUCACAAACAAGAAUUGUCUGGGAUGAAAAGCAUGGCUGGUGCCAUUUCAACAUCCAAUCAGAAAUCAAAGAAAAAGAAGAAAAAGAAAAGCAAGACUGGUUUGUCUUCAGUUACAAAUAAAGUCAAAGAACCUUUUGAUGACAUGUUAGAUACUUUAUCCUUGGAUGUUAAUUCUUCAAGACAUCAACCUUGCCCCACCAAAACCAAACCAGAAACUUCCAAACUUUGUGCAGAAUUUGUGAAACAGUGUGCACCUUCCGCCUUACAAGUGGAUCCGAAAUGUUUGAAUCCUGAGAACGAGCUAAGGAGAAUUUUUGGUUCUAAGGUGGUGAAAUCAUUUGAGAAAAGUAAUCAAGCCAGCAGUUCUAGACAGGUUAUUGGAGGCAGACGUGGAGCCCAUCAUACUAGAAGGACUAUUUUAGUCUCUCCAUCAGAACAUUGGCCUCGGUGGGAUGGAUCUUUAUCCAUGGAGUUUUUGGAAACUAAGGAUGGAUACCACCAUUUUAGGUAUGUUCACUCAUCUUCCUCUGAUCAAGCGCAGAGGACAUUUGAAGCUGCCAAGGCUAUUCAUGAUCUGAAUGGCAUAGCAAGCAUUCUGUUAUACCACCCUUAUCACUUGGAUUCACUUGUAACAAUGGCAGACUAUUUUAAAUUUGUGGGUGAGAAUCAAAUGUCAGCUGAUUCUAUUGCGAAGAGUUUAUAUGCCUUGGAAUGUGCAUGGCAUCCCACAUUCUCCCCCUUGCAGGCAAAUUGCCAGUUGAAGAUCUGCCAUGAAACGAACAAGCCACUGUUUACAACACUUUUCACUCACAUGAAAAAUUUGGACAGACGUGGAUGUCAUCGUUCUGCUCUUGAGGUUUGCAAACUGUUGCUUUCAUUGGAUUUAGAUGAUCCAAUGGGGGCCAUGUUCUGUGUUGAUUACUUUGCUUUGAGGGCUGAGGAGUAUGCAUGGUUGGAAUGGUUUUCUGAAGACUAUAAAAGUGAUAACUCCUUGUGGCUGUUUCCAAAUUUCUCAUACUCUCUUGCCAUUUGCCGGUUUUAUCUUGAGCGAGAGGAACCCUCAAAAGAUGCUGAUACUUGUGCUACAAAGUCUAACUCAGCUGAUUUGAUGAAGCAGGCUUUAAUGCUUCACCCGUCAGUCCUUAAAAAGUUAGUGGCCAAGGUACCUUUGAAAGAUCAGGCAUGGACAAAUAUAAUAAAGCAUGUGUUUUUUCGAUCAGAGAAAACAGGGUCUGCGUCCUUGGAUCAUCUGAUUAACAUAUAUGUAGAGAAAAGUUAUAUCAUAUGGAGGCUUCCAGACUUGCAAAAAUUGCUUCGUGUCAGUGCUUUACAAGUGAUCGAAAUUCUAGAACAUAGUACCAGUGAUGCCAAGGAUUGGGCUUGUGUGAGAAAAGAGGCCUUUUCAUCUGAAAACAAUGAGUACGGCCAUUUGCUGGUUUCAGACUUUUCUGAUACAGUUCCAACACUUCCACCUGAGAACUUGCAAAACUUCAUGGUUGAUCCAAGGAUGAGGGAGCCUGAGCGAAAUGGGGGACAAAUUGCCAACCCACUUGAUGGUGGCCCUGCUCCACGUGAUGUUGCGAAUCGCAAUGCAUUGGCUGUCUUGUUUGAAUCCAUGUUGCCAUGGGUUAAUUAUGGGGGUAGAGGGGAUGGAGGCAAUGAGGAGAACCAAGUUAACGAACAUGAGUGAGAUGACGAAUGAAUUAGCAAUGUGCUUACUUUAAAAGGUAGAAAUCGGAGAAGAUAACUGAGAUCAUUGGUCUGAAAUGCAGAUAUUUUUGGUUCGGGUCAGCAAAUGAAUUGCUGCGGUUUGAUGUGAAUAGAAGAGCCAACCAUUCUUAAAACAUUACCGAGUAUUGAUGCAUACCAAUUCCCUUUGUACAACAGAAGUAGAUUAUUUUCCUCCGCCGAGAACAGAUAUCAUGUUUGCACUAAUAAAAGUUGAGGGAAAUUGUAGCCUGCUUUUUAGUUAGUCAUCUUGUAGAAGGCGAGGUAUUCAUUUGGAGUACUGGAAAAGCAGUAGCUCAUAACGUUUAAAAUAUAAGUCGUUUUAAUGGCAAUAAACUCUGGGUUUUCUCUUUC